AUGACGACGAAAGACAAGUACAUCGGCACACAUAACGGCAAGUUCCAUUGCGACGAGGUCUUUGGCUGUUGGAUGUUGAGACAGCUCCCCGAGUUCAAGAAGCACGUUAUUUUGAGGUGGGUGUUGGUUGUUUUCUUCCUUAUUAUAAGCUGCAAAUGCUUUUGGGUAAUUUGUCUUUUUCAGAACACGGGAUCCGCAGAUUUUGGCCACCUGCGAUAUUGUACUUGACGUUGGAGGUGUUUUUGAUCAUUCCAAGAAGCGAUAUGACCAUCAUCAGCGGUAAGUGCCUUUAUUAGAUUGUCUUUGAUGUUUAGAUGCUAUUCCAAAGCGUUUUGGAGGUUCGAAUGAGCAAAGCAUUUCUUUACAGCGAAUUUAAUGAGACGAUGUCGACUCUUGCCUGUACUUUCGAAAACGGCAAGCUCAAUGCGAGAAAGUCUCUUCAGUAUAAUACAAAAUUGAGCUCGGCUGGUCUAAUCUAUGCUUUCUACGGGCAAGAGGUCAUACGACAGAUCUUAUUCGUGGACGGUCAGGAUGGUGUUGACGAAGAGACGAUCGACUUCUACUAUGAUCGACUUUACAAACACUUUGUUGAGUCUGUUGAUGCUGUUGACAAUGGAAUUAAGAGUCAUGAUGAGCCUUCAAAGUGAGUUUUUCUUUAGUUUAUUUAUGGAUUUAUCAUUUUUUCCUAAAAUUUCUUAGCUUUUGCCAAGGAUAACAUCGGAGGGUGUGCCAGAUGUCAAUUUUUAUGGAAUUUUUAUUUUAGAUACAUUAUCCCAGUGUCCCUGGAAGGUCUUGUUGAGGACCUAAAUCCGGCUUGGAAUGAGGAUUUUAGUCCUGAUGUUCAAUUCGAAAAAGCCAUGAAAGUCGUGGGUGAUAUCUUCAAAGACAAGGUCUUAUACAUCCACAAGAACUGGAUGCCAGCCAGGAAGAUUGUGGAGGACGCGGUUAACGGGAGAUUGAAGGUGAGUUGUUUUAUUUUAAUUUAUUGCCAUGUGCAAUAUAAUUUUUUAAAUUUUAGUGAAGUUUUGUCAUAAAAAUUGUCUCAAUAGACACUAUGGAUAAUAUUGGGUGCUUUUGUAGUCUGAUUUGACGAAAAAAAUUGAGAUUUUUUACACUUUUUAUAUUAUCCAUCUUCAGGUUGAUGAAGGCGGAAGAAUAAUGGUCCUGGAAGAGUGCUGCCCAUGGAAACAGCACUUCUUUAUGAUCGAACAGGAACAACAGAUUGGCGGGAAGAUUGUCUACGCCAUUUAUCCGGGCGACAAAAGUGGAAACAGCUGGCGAAUUCAGUCGGUCCCGGUAUCCGAGAACACCGAAUUCGAUAAUAGAUGGCCCUUACCGCAAGAAUGGAGAGGUCUGAGAGACAAAGAAUUGGCCGAUAAGAUUGGGGUCGACACCGCCGUCUUUGUUCAUGCCACUGGCUUCAUUGGCGGCGCCAAAACCAAAGAAGAUGCUAUUGAAAUGGCGAAAAAAUCGCUUAAAUUACCCAGAUUGCCCUAG